UUCGUAAAAACGAUAUUGGAUAUUGGAUUCAGGGUCAACGAGCGAUGUUCAAGAAUGGCACAAGUUUUAAGGAUUUCCUGUUGUAGACAGAUUCACUGGACGAACCAUAACGCAGCGGGGGGUUUAUUUAGAGCUCGGCGUCGACUACCUCCUAGUAAUAAUGAAUGGGGACCUUUGACAGACAUACCCGAUUAUGUCAUAAUAGGAAAACCAACCCCCCGAUUUACAAGUGUAGGUCAAAAACGACGUGCAAUCAAUCAGUUUAACUUUGCAAAUGAAGUAAUACGGUUAACAUCUGAAAUGAAGCGAACUCAGGAAAAAUACACACAGGAAAAGGAAUUAGAGGAAAAGAUUGAUGAGACUCUGAAGGAGAAAUGCCUUCGACCAAAAGGAACGAAAGGAGUAUAGAGAACAUCUGUUUAAAAUGGAAUGUAAAUAUAUACGAUACGUAGUUACUACCUGUGUAUUUCUAUCUCUUUUGGGGUAAGGAAUCAGAUGACCCUCUGUCCAUUAAGAGGCAAAACAUUAGAAGAAUAUUUUUAGUAGAUUGCGAUAUUUUGUGUGGAGACGUUAACAUUUAUUUGUUUGAUUCUAAAUCACGUAGAGUUGUUCACAUUAUUGUGGGCUG